CCCUCGAACCAAAACGUUUGCCCACCCUUGUCCUAGGUGGGCCAGAGUGUCAGUCGAUUUUUUUAUCCUCCCUUGUACUUGAUUGAUCAAUUAACGCCAUUGAUUAGUUAGGAUCUCCACUCACCUGGUUGUCUACACAAAUUAAUUCGCCACGAAUUGAAAAAAAAUAACGAACACCCGCUUCAGCAGUACCUCGUUUUCCCUGUAGAUGGCAGCAGGACCCCAGAGAGGUUCCAUGGGAGUAAAUUACAGGCUGUUUGACAUUGGAUUACAACAUAUUCUGUUAGGACACAGACCGGUACAUUGAUAGUAAUGUGAUUGUCUCGAUCGGAUAAGAAAAUCACAUUUUAAUUGGGGAUGUAAUUAGACAGGUUUCAUUCUCUUCAUCUGCCCUGGAAUGGAACAACUGGAGAUAUCUGACUUUAAGAAUGAGUACAGAUGAACGAGGAGAAGAGACAAUGAGAUGGAGUCAUUUGACGAUUGAGAUAUAGCAGAGGAGAUAAGGAGAUGACGCUGCGAGCCCCUGACUGGACCAUGGAUGAGCCUCCUCACGAUAGGACAUGUGGAAGCUAUGCUGAGACACCAUUCAUUUUCUCAUAUGAAUAAGUAACAUAGGCUACUUCAAGGAAGGAAGGAAAGAAUGAUUCGUUCCCAAAGUAGUCACAAUGAACAAAACCGGAGGGACUCCACUCUUUUGCGGACCAGCCAAGAACCUAGACCGAGUUUCACUUUCACAUCUCUGGAAGUUGAGCUUUUUUUCAAAGUAUAUUCCACCCCUUGUUCUGGUGAAUCAGAGUGUCACUCUACAGUUCUGUAGGGCUGCGUGAACAAAUGACAUGAUAUAUUCUUCCUCUGAUGAAAGAAUAUGAUCUGCUGUAGGCUACAGCGGGGGUGGUUGAGGACCAGAACACGCAUCCAUCAAGGCGGGAGCGCGCAUUGUGAAGAGGCGGGGCAGCGGGAAUAUCUCUUUCCGGAUAUUUACCUCCACCUGCCCGCGCGACGCGCCCAGUUCCAAGGUUUUUAACAGCGGUAGUAUCAACGGACAUAACAAAGUUCCCAAAUCCAGGACUACUGAGGUUGUGGAGAGAUGGACUGAGGGUCGUGUCAGUGUGUGUGUGAGUGAGUGAGUGAGUGACGCGUAAUUCAGAGUGCAAAGACACAGAGUCCCGCGUCCCAUUGUGACAUAGCUACGCGGCUCUGAGACCACUGUCUGCAGGGGGAACACACAGCCAUAACGGGUACCUCCCCAACAUUCCCAACCAACGCAGCUCUGAGACCACUGUCUGCAGGGGGAACACACAGCCAUAACGGGUACCUCCCCAACAUUCCCAACCACCGCAGCUCUGAGACCACUGUCUGCAGGGGGAACACACAGCCAUAACGGGUACCUCCCCAACAUUCCCAACCAACGCAGCUCUGAGACCACUGUCUGCAGGGGGAACACACAGCCAUAACGGGUACCUCCCCAACAUUCCCAACCAACGCAGCUCUGAGACCACUGUCUGCAGGGGGAACACACAGCCAUAACGGGUACCUCCCCAACAUUCCCAACCAACGCAGCUCUGAGACCACUGUCUGCAGGGGGAACACACAGCCAUAACGGGUACCUCCCCAACAUUCCCAACCAACGCAGCUCUGAGACCACUGUCUGCAGGGGGAACACACAGCCAUAACGGGUACCUCCCCAACAUUCCCAACCAACGUGGCUCUGAGACCACUGUCUGCAGGGGGAACACACAGCCAUAACGGGUACCUCCCCAACAUUCCCAACCAACGUUGCUCUGAGACCACUGUCUGCAGGGGGAACACACAGCCAUAACGGGUACCUCCCCAACAUUCCCAACCAAUGCGGCUCCACAUACUCGUCCCUCUAUUGAUUUGAAUGUGUUGACAGUUGGAGAAAUAGCUUGAGCCGCAUUGAGAAUUAGAGUAUGAAAGCCAAUGGUCCAAUAUUCUAGAAUACUGCUGUGCCGGGACAUUGUGGACACUGAUAGACGUGUGUGUGUGUGUGUGUGUGUGUGUGUGUGUGUGUGUGUGUGUGUGUGUGUGUGUAAGAGGUUGAGUAACCCGCGGUAACAGACAUGCCCAAACCUGAUCUACUGUGUUUGGUUCAACUACUGGACAACACUAUCCAGACCUUUACAGUCAACAAGCAGGAUGCAGGUGAGGUUUUGCUGGAGCAGGUGUGUAACCAGCUGGGUCUGCAGGAGAGACACUUCUUCAGUCUGCAGCUACGAGACUCCAACACCACCAUCGUCACUCAAACACACUCUCCUAGGUGGCUGGAGGCCAACAAACCACUGAAGAAGCAGCUGAAAGGAGUUGUCUCUCCAUUCUACCUGACCCUCCGAGUCCGAUUCUUCAUCUCAGACCCCAACUCUCUACAGCAUGACCAGACCAGACAUAUGUACUUCCUCCAGAUCAGGAGUGACAUCAGAGAGGGCAGGUUGAAGUGUCCUCUGAGUGCAGCUGUAGUACUGGCCUCCUAUGCUGUGCAGUCUGAGCUAGGUGACUACUCCCCAGACCUUCUCCCUGGUUACCUGUCCAAAAGCCACUUCCUCCCAGAGCAGGAUGAUGACUUCCUGUCUAGAGUAGAGGCUCUGUACCCAGGGCACAGGGGGCUGAAGGAGAGUGAGGCAGAGCUGUGUUUUCUCAACACAGCAAGAACUCUGGAGAUGUAUGGAGUGGAGCUACACACUGCCAUGGACUCUGACAGUUCCCCUCUAUUGGUGGGAUUGGCCUCAGGGGGCGUGGCUAUCUUCUGUAACAUGAUUUGCUCCAGUUUCUUCCCCUGGGUGAACAUCAUCAAGAUAUCCUUCAAGAGGAAACGCUUCCUUAUGCAGCUCAGACGCAAACAUGGGGAGACGCAGGACUGUGUAAUGAGCCUGGUCCUGCCAUGCCCCAGGGCCUGUAAGAACCUGUGGAGGUCAUGUGUGGACCAUCACUGCUUCUUCUACACCAACCUGGCAACCCGUAGCCCACACCACACCAACCUGGCAACCCAGAUACACAACAAGCUGCUCCCACAACACUGGGCCUUGGGCAGCACUAAAACAGACAGUGGUCCAGUGUGUAAGAAAGUGAUGGGUGGGAUGGAGUGGAACCCAGCUCUGAGGGGAUCCACCUCGUCAGAACACCUGGAGACCAAGAGCCUACCGUCCCGAUCCCCCCCGCUCACACCCAACUGGCGGAGUCCUCGUGUACGUCAUGGCGCCCGUAAACCCCGCCCCUCCUCAGUGGAGCUGAACAAUGACCUGCGAGAUGUGUCGGAGGGGGAGGAUGUCUUUUACACCUACAGGGUCUCCCUCAGCAGCAGUAGGGGCAGCCAGGAGGGCACGCCUACACACAGCCAAGGAGGUGGAUGGUCGCAGGUUGAUGACAUCAGCACAGGAGAGGAAGACAUUAAGGCCACCUCUCACUACCGGGACAAGCGUGCUCUUGGUGAUGGCGACCUGCUAUUGGUGCGUCUCGCUCCUGAUCACGAUGGAAAGUUUGGUUUCAAUGUCAAAGGUGGCGUGGACCAGAAGAUGUCCCUGGCCAUAUCCCAGGUCAACCCUGACUCCCCUGCGGGGCGGGUUGAGCCAAGGUUGUUGGAAGGUGACCAGGUCGUGCUGAUCAACGGUCGCGACAUCUCUGAACACACGCAUGACCAGGUGGUCAUGUUUAUAAGAGCCAGCAGAGAGUCCCACUCCAGAGAACUGGCUCUGCUUAUACGACGCAAAGGUCCAGGGCGUGUGGCCCCCCUGCUGCAGUUUCCCUCUGCCCUGUCUCUGACUGGCCAAUCACACGGUGAUCCACUGCUUCUGCCUGGCCAAUCGGAACAAGGCCAGACACUUGAAGAGUCCAUGAAACAACUGGAGAGGGGAAUCCAGACAGGCACUCUCACCUUCCACUUCGAGAACCUGUACAUGAGGAAGCCUGGCCUGUCGGUAGCCUGCGCUCGUCUCCCUGAGAACACAGACAAGAACAGAUACAAGGACGUGCUGCCCUAUGACAUCUCCAGAGUGGUACUUCAGGACCAAGAGGACUACAUCAAUGCAAGCCACAUCACGGUGAUGCCCCCAGGGUCUGGUGUGUGUCUGCGCUACAUUGCAGCUCAAGGACCGCUGCCUCAGACCUGCACUCACUUCUGGCAGAGUGUGUGGGAGCAACACACACACACCAUCAUCAUGCUCACCACACUCACCGAGAGAGGACGGACUAAGUGCCACCAGUACUGGCCACACCCUCCUGAAGUGAGGGAUUAUGGGUACCUGAGGGUCAGCUGCCACUCUGAGGAAUGCAACCUGGCCUACGUCACACGCCAGUUCACCCUCACACACACACAGCUGGGAGAGGAGCGUUCGGUGACCCACCUGCAGUAUGUAGCAUGGCCAGAUCAUGGUGUACCUGACGACCCCUCAGACUUCCUGCUGUUCAUCACCUCUGUUAGAGAGAGGAGGACAGGAGACACACCACUUAUGGUGCACUGCAGCGCAGGGAUUGGGCGUACAGGUGUUCUCAUUACCAUGGAGACGGCGUUGUCGCUGUUGGAGAGCGGUCGACCUGUGUUCCCUCUGGACAUCAUCAGGACGCUCCGAGACCAGAGGGCCAUGAUGAUCCAGACCACGAAAAGGUCAAAGGGCCAGGAGCUGUUUGACCAGAUCAGGUAUCAUCUGGACCUGGUGGAGGCUGACUACUUUGGACUGCAGUUCAUGGACCCAGAACAAGUCUCACACUGGCUGGAUGUGUCCAAGCCCAUAAAGAAACAGAUCAGAGAUGGUCCUCCAUACAGACUGUUUUUCAGGGUGAAGUUCUACUCCUCAGAGCCCAAUAACCUACAUGAGGAGUUCACCAGGUACCUGUUUGUGCUGCAGCUUCGACAAGACAUUCUGUCCGGCAAGUUGAAGUGUCCAUAUGAUGUCUCAGUAGACCUGGGGGCCUACUGCUUACAGAGUGAACUGGGGGACUGUGACCCUCUAGAGCAUUCUCCUGAGCUGGUGUCAGAGUUUCGCUUCACACCCAAACAGAGUGAGACCAUGGAGGCAGACAUCUUUAACAAGUGGGUGGACCUAAGGGGUACAGAUCCAUCCCAGGCAGAGACCAGCUUUCUCAACAAGUGUAAAUGGCUGGAGCUGUACGGAGUGGACAUGCACUUUGUCAAGGGAAGGGACGGAGCAGAGUACGCUCUGGGUCUGACUCCCACUGGCAUCCUGGUGUUUGAGGGCUCCACCAAGAUAGGCCUCUUCUUCUGGCCCAAGAUCACCCGCCUGGAUUUCAAAAAGAGUCGACUCACCCUAGUGGUGACGGAGGACGAUGAUCAGGGGCGGGAGCAGGAGCACACCUUUGUGUUCCAGUUGGAUAGUUCGAAGACGUGUAAACACUUGUGGAAAUGUGCUGUGGAGAGCCACGCCUUCUUCCGGCUGCGCCAGCCCACAGCUGGGAAGGCCUCCAGCAGUGACUUCACACGCCUUGGAUCACGUUUCAGGUUCAGUGGAAAGACUGAGUACCAGGCGACCCACGGAGGGAGGCUGAGGAGGGCCAGUACGUUUGAGAGGCGACCCAGCAAGAGAUACCCCUCCCGCACUCACUCACUGGGUGGCAAGGCCCUCUCUCCAGCCAAACCACCACAUAUCAGCGCCCACACCAGCCCCGAACCUAGUCUACACCCAUCUUUUUCUCCAUCUAUCUCUGUUCAGUACCAGCGUAACAUCCCUAUAGCCCAUGAGCCUUGGCACCCAGCCCUCACACCCCCCAUCUACCUACAACACUCAGGACACACAUCCCCGCACAGUUUCCCUCGGCGUGGUCCUGUCCUGGGAGGGGAGCAGCAGUUCAGUGUUGAGGAGAACGAGACGCCGUACUCUGGAAGCAUACACCAACGCCACCGCAGACACACACACUACGACAACAGCCAGGAGACUUACUGUCACACACACAAGAACAAACACAGAGCCCCUCCCUGUCCUGUAGAUGAGUUGGAGGUCUGUCUGCUCAACCCCCUGGAGACAGACAGCAACACCUCUCCCUGGCCUUCACUACAUGUCAACAUGGACAACAAGGCAGAGGAGAAGCAGUUGUCUGCGAAGUCUCUCCAGCCCUCCUCUCCCUGCAGCCCUCCAGACCAUCUCAAGUGUAACAUCUACAAAGCUCAGAUGGAGGCUGUCUAUAGAGAUGCUCCGCUGACACCUAGAGGGAAGACCUGUAGUCUGGAGAUCAACGACAGGUAUCAGAGCUCCUGUCAGGACUCUCGAGACUCUGCCACUUCCAGUCUGACCACAGAGAAAACCUCCCUCCGCCCCGACCAUAACUCAACCACAGACAGACACGCCAAUUCUAACCCUAACACCAACCGCAGGAAAAGACUGGUCAGGCAGUUCAGCUUUAACCAUGAAGACGAGGAUAAUCUCCCAGAGGCACUUGCAGCGAUCUCUUCCCGGAGCACUGGGAAGUGUGGAUCUAACAACUCACUGGACAACCAGACACAACCCUCCAUAUACCCUCAGGAAACAAACACACAGAUGGACAUGCCGAUACUGGAGCUGAGGAGUCCAUGCUGUGAGCGUUCUCACUCUCCCCACCUCUCCCCUUCCUUCUACCACACCUCCAUCCCUCCCCUGGUACCCUGCCUCGCCUCUCACACCAACAGCGAGGAGGAGAUGAGGUUGGGCAGAGAGAAGAUUCUCAGGGCUCUCCUGAUGACGGAGCUCUGAGUCCGUGACCCCUGUGACAUCAUGGAUGCCUCAUGGACCUGGUGUGAGAUGACCUUCAGGAGUCCCACGUCCACUGGCUGCACUCAGCAGUCAGCAUUUACUGUACAUAAUACAGUCAACCUUUCUAGAUUUGCAUACAAAAUAAUUUGCUUAAGUGUUAUUUUAAAAGGAACAUGUUUUAUGUCUACCCACACUACACACCCUGUAAUAACAUGCUCCCACACUACACACCCUGUAAUAACAUGCUCCCACACUACACACCCUGUAAUAACAUGCUCCCAAACUACACACCCUGUAAUAACAUGCUCCCACACUACACACCCUGUAAUAACAUGCUCCCACACUACACACCCUGUAAUAACAUGCUCCCACACUACACACCCUGUAAUAACAUGCUCCCACACUACACACCCUGUAAUAACAUGCUCCCACACUACACACCCUGUAAUAACAUGCUCCCACACUACACACCCUGUAAUAACAUGCUCCCACACUACACACCCUGUAUUAACAUGCUCCCACACUACACACCCUGUAUUAACAUGCUCCCACACUACACACCCUGUAAUAACAUGCUCCCACACUACACACCCUGUAAUAACAUGCUCCUACACUACACACCCUGUAAUAACAUACUCCCACAUGCUGGUAACUGUUCCCAGGUGAAAAGCUGCAGUCCCGGUUUUGUCCUGUAGAUGGAGACUGACCCAAACAGACUGCAGCUUGGAUCAGUUGUAGUUGCCCAUAACCACUACCUGGAUCAGGCCUUUUUACAUCCUCCUUAUGGUUAAUCUUAUAACUAAUCUGAUCCUAGGCCUGUGGUUACAUGGAACUAACUGGUGAGUUUGGGUCAGAGCUCAGGUUACAGCUCUGCCAUGUUUCUGUGCAGUUCCUUAUUGCUGUUCUUGUCUAUGUUCUAUACCCCUGUGUUUAACCUUAAUAAAGACAACAUGUUACCUUUAACAAACA